AUGACCACCGCAGCUAACCUCCAAGCUCUUCUCCGCUUCCUCUCCCAAGAUGCCAAAGUCCCACUCGCAACAGCCAUGGCCAAAGUCCACCCUUUACAAACAGCAAAUCUUUCAACGCCAGAAGCAAUCGCAAAAGCAAAACCCAAAGAUCUAGAGCUCAUCUUCGAAGAUUCCAAAGUCUGCAAACAGAUAAUAUCUGCCGCAAAGCGAGUCUCUAAGAAACGAGCAGCAGGCGACGACGAGGGUGCAGCGGCUCCUCUCAAGAAGAAGUCGCGAGAUGAGAGUCUUUUCUCAGCACAGCCACAUGCGCCAGCGGACUUGGAGGGCUCUCUGCGACUACCAUCGUGUGAAUCGAAAGAAAGCGAAUUGAAGGAUGUUGUACUCUUUACGAAUCGUGCGCCACUCGUGCUAGCAUUUCUGGUCGUGUCGUUGAAAUACACCAUGCCAGAACAGCCACUAUCCAGUAGAUUGAGUUUGGCUCAAGCCUAUGUGAGCGUCACGAGUAAGUCAAGGGCCAUAUAUCUUGGCAUUGAAGGGGGAAAAAGUGCAGAGGAGGAAGGGUUCGGCGAGGGUCAGCCGUCAGUUACGGUGGCGGGCAAGGAGAUCAAAGUUUUGAGGCGAUGGGGUUAUGAGUGGGAGGAAGAUGGUCCUAUCAAGAGAGAAGUCGACAGCAAUGCCACUGAUGGGGUCAAGCAGGAGGAUGAGGUCGGUGGCGAUGCAGAGUCACCGGAGCUGAAGCCUGCGUUGUGGGGUCUGGAUCUGGAGGCGCUGAAGAAGUCUGAUAGUGGUACCUCCAGGCAAGGUGGAGUUGGAACGAACAGCAAUCUACCGGUCCACACCCCACAGUCUGCGAGAGCAUACAUCAUGAAAGCUUUCGACACUGCUCCUCCCAAAGAUGCUGCUGCACCUGCGAAGAAAGGCACAGCGGUGGCUAGAGCUGCAGAAAAAGAAGCCAACCUGGGCAAGCUUCUCCGUGCGCUCRAAUUGCUGUACGACUCAUGGGCAUCGAAAUUGGGUCCAAAUGAGCUAGACAAUCGAACUUGGAGCUGGUACGCCAAGGUUCGACCAGCGGUGGCGGAUGGAGCUGAAGGAUGGGGCGGUAAGAACCGUUUGAGGCUGGCAGAUAUCCUUGCUCUGCUGCGGAGUGAGUAA